UAUAGCCAGCUGAACGUUACUGCUGCUGUAUAGACGUUAUCCGUAUUAUUUAUACAUCAUUCCAGAAAACUGUUCAAUUAGAUCAUCAUAUUAUAAUCCAAUAAUAACCACACCGGAGCAAUAUUAGAUGCUGCAGUAAUGUCUUAUUAGUGAACCACAAUGAUCUGUAAUAAGCUAAUCCAGAUGUUCGGAUCACCCGCAGCGCCGGUGUGGGCUUUAGCGUGGUGGUUAGCCGUUUUUGCGAUCAAUGCCAAUUCGUUCGAACUAAAAGAGUUCCAAUUCAAACACCAUAACAAUGAAGAAAUGUACGAUGUCAUUUUGAAAAUACGGGAAAAAUGCCCAAGCAUCACUAGUCUGUACAGACUAUCGGAGGACUCCGUAGAAGGCCGUCCACUUUUAGUCAUCGUGUUUUCAAUUCAUCCAACUUACCAUAAACCAUUGGAUCCAGAGUUCAAAUAUAUAGCCAACAUGCAUGGUAACGAAGUACUCGGAAGGGAGCUACUGUUAAAAUUGGCGGAUUACAUGUGUGAAGAAUAUAAAGCCGGAAACGAGGAAAUAAUAAAAUUAAUAACCAAAACCAGGAUUCAUCUAAUGCCGUCAAUGAAUCCUGACGGAUGGCAAAGAUCRACAGAUGAUGGAGGCAGUAACUAUUUGAUAGGGAGAGACAACGCCGAGGGUGUGGAUUUAAAUAGAAAUUUCCCUGAUUUAGACCGAAUCGUUUUUGAUAAUGAAGCAUAUUACAAAGACAUCAACAAUCAUUUGAUGCAAAUGGUGGAUCAUUUGGCACAACCGGUGCAACCAGAAACCAAGGCUGUAAUGCAAAUGAUUAUGUCUAUACCGUUUGUGGCUUCAGCUAAUCUUCACGGAGGCGAUUUAGUUGCCAAUUAUCCAUACGACGCCAGUAGAUAUGGAAAUGUGCAAGGCGAAUAUGCCACAAGUCCCGACGACGACACUUUUAAAUGGUUAGCAUUAUCCUAUGCUAAUUAUCACGCAGAUAUGGCCAAUCCAAAUAGAAUGCCAUGUAGAGGUGGUGACAAAAAUUUUGGCAAAGAAGGUGGUAUCACUAAUGGUGCUAAAUGGUAUAGUGUAAGAGGAGAGAUUAAAACAUUUAAAUGUGGCUUGGUGAGGCGUGGUCAUAAGCUCAAUUUGUGGAAACGCACUGAACGUACAUACCAGCCUCAGUUGCUAGCUCCUGGAUGGGUGACCGCCCAGGAUUUUUAG